AUGCGGAUGACAGUGGAGCCAAGCUACUCUCCAACUUCAACUCCCAAAGAUGAACUCGAAUGGCUCCCACUACCAAAACACCCUCUCUUCACCACCACCACCACCUCUCACGACGCUACCGGCAACGUUUCCCGAAACCUACUAGCUUGGGACGGAGCCAAUCGUCUCUAUUUCUGGGACUCCCACAAAAACUACCUUCAUCGCUUAUCUCUUCGCCUCGGUGAUCCUGAUCCUACUUCCGUUCUUGCCGCUUCUCCCUCUAAGGUGUUGCAAACAGAUGUUGUGCUCGACUUUGAUGUGCACAAAAUCUCCAUCAAUAGGAAUGGAACAGCGAUACUUCUUUUUGGUUCUGAAAGACUCUGUGUUAUGUAUCUCUAUGGACGCACAUCCAAGACGGAUGUAAAUUUGAUUUGCAGGACCAUUGCUGUUGGUUCUCAGACACAUUCCCUUGGAAACAAUGAUAUUCGUCUAUUGGAAGCGUCAUGGCACCCUUACAGUGAUACUCAUUUGGGAGUCCUUUCCUCUGACUCGGUUUUUAGGCUUUUCAAUCUGGCCGUGGAUCCUUUGCAACCAGAGCAAGAAUACUAUUUACAGCCUGCAGUUCAUGGUAGAUCCAGAACUGCCUCAUCAAUAUGUCCAGUCGGUUUUUCUUUUGGGGGAGACCAUUUGUGGGACAGGUUCAGUGUUUUUGUUGCAUUCAGUGACGGGUCUAUCUAUGUAAUUUGCCCUGUUGUUCCAUUUGGAAGUCUAUUCAAAUGUGAAUCUUUAUUAGACAUAUACAAUGACGCACAUACAUUUGGGCUAAUGUCAGCCAACUCUGUGGCGGCUAGUAAUUCAAAGUUGGCAAUCUCCUGGCUAGAAGCAACAUUUCCUGAGUUACAGAACCAAGAAAAUGAAGGAGACAGCUUAUCUUUGCUAAGAUCUCAUGCUUAUUUAGUAUUUGACGCAUCUCUCGUCUUGCAGGGACCUUUGCAAAGAGUAGGUCAGAGUGGAAACGGAGAUUCAGUUGGUCGCAGUGCUGAAUGUGAGGGUCGUGCAGUUAGUUUUCUCUACAAUUUAGUUAGCAAAGACUCUAUCUUGGUGACUGCCUGGAGUGGGGGGCAAUUACAGAUAGAUGCUCUAGCUGAUGAGAUCCAACCUGUCUGGAGUAUUGGUAGUCCACCUCGUCUUCGUCUUGACUCCCAUGACGAAAUACUUGGCCUUGCUAUGAUUUGUGAGUCAACUGCCAGCAGUCCCCCAGAGAAGCUUGAUCAUAAUAAUGCCUGGUUGGGUCAUCCAUCCCCUCUGCUGAGACUGGCUAUUGUUGAUUUGGCUCUGCCACGAAGAGCAGAAAGGGGUUAUAAUAUUUCAUUGUUCAUUGAUACCCUUAUGCCAGAGAGAAUAUAUUCCCUUCACGAUGGAGGGAUUGACUCAAUAGUGUUGCAUUGUCUUCCAUUUACAAGUCAGGCAAAUGGAAAGGAUGAUACAAUGAGGACACCUUCUGUACAUCCUGUUCUAAAUACAUGCCAGAAUGGAUCCACUUCAGAGCCUUCACUUUGUGGUUUUGUGUCAUUGUCUGAUUCUUUUGGAUAUUCUUGGAGUGUGGCUGUUACUCUUUCUCAAGAAUGUGUUGUGCUUGAGAUGAAAACUUGGAACCUUUUGCCUCAAUUAAGCAUUGAUAUGGAGAAGAAGCACAUUCAAUCAGUGGGGCAAUCAAAUGAGAGAGAUAUUCAACCAAUAAUUAGCAAAGAACUGCUUAGUGGGCCUAAGGAGGUACUUGUUCCUUGGGCCUCUCAAAGUCUACGCUCAGUUGCAGCUGAUUCAAUUGAAGGCCGAUCAACAUUGCAUCAGUAUUUCAAACUAUUUCAUGAGACUUAUGUGGAAUAUGCUCAUAAGGUGCACCUGGAACUCAAGCAUCAUGCACCUCAGUUGAAGAAAAUCAUUAAUGACCAACGUUCUCGAUUAGGUGAUGCACAGCAGAAACUUUUGAAAGUUGAAGAUAAAGAGUGUAUAUUACAGAAAAGAGUUGAUCGUGCAAUUCAAAUGCACAAUUCUUUGGAAGAGCGCUUACAACGCUUAAGGAACUUACCUGGUGCUCACAAAAAACCAUUGUCUAGAGCAGAGCGACAGUUUAAGUCUGAACUUGAUCACUUCAAGGAAGUUGAGUUGGAUGCUUUGCAUUCUUCUGUUGAAGCGGUAAGUGCUAGACUGAGAAGGCACAUGCAAGCUUCGAAAGCUAGUCAACAGAAGAAAAUAUCAGGGAAGAAAGUUUGUGCCGGAGAUGAUCAGAUAUCAAUACUCAAAUCAUCACUUGAAAAGCUUUCACUUGUAAAUACUGAAAAUUCGAAGAAAGUUAAGAUUGUUGAAUCCACAUUGAGUAACAAAGAAAGAAACCGUGGAGAAUCAAGUCUGCCUAUGCUUAAAAACUGUUAG